AUGUCGCGUCGUCAGUUUACGUUGGACGAAAAAAUCGGUAUAAUCGGGCGUUUAGAAAAUGGUGAGAAAAACAGCGUAAUUUCAAAAGAAUUCGGCACCUGUUCGUCGACAAUUUCGACCAUAUGGAAGAACAAGGAUAAGUUGAAAAAUAUGUUUCAAACCACGCCCCUUAACGCAAAACGAUUGCGCACUGCACAGCAUAAGGACCUUGAAGAAGCUGCACUAGUAUGGUUCAAACAACAACGGUCAUUGAAUGUGCCUAUAAGUGGUCCUAUUUUGCAAACAAAAAUUGACCAACUGGCUGAAAAAAUGAAAAUAGAAAAUUUCAAAUGCUCUGCAUCUUGGAUUCAGCGUUUCCGACAGCGGCACAACAUUGGUUUCGGCAAGAUCUCAGGUGAGUCAUCUGCAGUUAAUACUGAUAUCUGCUCUAACUGGUUGGCUAACGUUUGGCCGUCCCUUCGAGCAGGUUACUGUGAUGAUGAAAUUUAUAAUGCCGAUGAAGCAGGCCUUUUUUUUCAAAUUAACUCCCGAUAA